AUGGUGCUGGGCAAGGAGUCGGGAGAAAGCUCGGAUUUGCAUCGAAACGGUGGAGUCAAGAGGGCUCGACCAGGAGAUGUUAUCUCCUUUACGGACGACGACUUACCCAGGUGUCUAGUUUCUAAUGAUCCAUUGGUCAUCACGGCAAAGUUGGGAAAAUGGGAGCUUCGUCGGAUCCUCGUGGACCCGGGGAACUCCUCUGAGGUUUUAUAUCGACAGGCUUUCUUGGGCAUGGGAUACAAGAUGGAACAGUUGAAGCCAGCUCGGGUCCCUUUGAUUGGAUUUGAUGGGGAAGUGGUGUAUACAGACGGUAUGUUUCAGCUCUUGUUGACUCUUGGAAAGGGUUCUCGGUUUGCCCAGGUCAUGUUAGACAUUUUGGUAGCAGAGGUCCCCUCGGCCUACAAUAUGAUCCUAGGGAGAUCGGGGUUAAAUGCUCUACGGGCUGUGCCGAGUACUUACCACAUGGUGCUUAAGUUCCCUACUGCUGUGGGGGUUGGCGAAGUCAGAGGAGACCUAAGGUCCGCCCGGAAGUGCUCCAUGGCAUCCAUCAACACGGCUAGGGGUAUCAUGCAGGAGCAGUCUGGACCCCAUGAAGAUUCGGGACGAUGA